CGAUGGCUGACACCAGCGGGGAGGUGGCGGCGGUCCCCGCCUCCGGGGCCGCCAAUGGCCUCAGCAAUGGGGCUGGCGCGACCCCAGCGCAGCCCAACAACCCGCUGUCGCGCAAGCUGCACAAGAUCCUGGAAACGCGGCUUGAAAAUGACAAGGAGAUGUUGGAAGCUCUCAAGGCCCUCUCAGCCUUUUUUGUUGAAAAUAGUUUGCGGACUCGACGGAAUCUACGCGGUGAUAUUGAACGUAGAAGCUUAGCCAUCAAUGAGGAAUUUGUAAGCAUUUUCAAAGAUGUAAAGGAGGAACUCGAAAGCAUCAAUGAAGACGUACAAGCAAUGAGCAGCUGCUGUCAGGACAUGACAAGCCGCUUACAGGCAGCAAAGGAACAGACUCAAGAUUUAAUAGUAAAGACCACUAAGCUUCAAGCGGAAAACCAAAGACUAGAAAUUAGAGCACAAGUUGCAGAUGCCUUUUUAUCCAAGUUCCAGUUGACUUCUGAUGAAAUGACUCUCCUCCGAGGUACAAGAGGAGGCCCCGUUACUGAGGACUUUUUCAAGGCUUUGGGAAGAGUGAAACAAAUUCAUAAUGACGUCAAAGUUCUUUUGAGAACCAACCAGCAGACGGCAGGUUUGGAGAUUAUGGAACAGAUGGCCUUGCUUCAAGAAACUGCUUAUGAAAGACUUUACCGGUGGGCUCAAAGCGAGUGCAGAGCACUGACUCAGGAGUCCUGUGAUGUGUCUGCGGUGUUAACUCAGGCCAUGGAAGCCCUGCAGGACAGGCCUGUCUUGUACAAGUAUACCUUAGAUGAAUUUGGAACGGCCAGGCGAAGCACUGUGGUUCGUGGGUUUAUUGAUGCUCUUACAAGAGGAGGGCCAGGAGGUACACCUAGACCCAUUGAAAUGCACUCCCAUGACCCGCUGAGGUAUGUGGGAGACAUGCUGGCCUGGCUCCAUCAAGCUACUGCCUCUGAGAAGGAACAUCUGGAAGCUCUCUUAAAGCAUGUAACUGCACAGGGUGUUAAAGAAAAUAUUCAAGAAGUUGUUGGGCAUAUCACCGAGGGUGUGUGUCGGCCUCUAAAGGUUCGAAUUGAACAAGUAAUACUUGCUGAACCUGGGGCAGUGUUAUUAUAUAAAAUUUCUAACCUCCUCAAGUUUUACCACCAUACCAUCAGUGGCAUUGUUGGAAAUAGUGCAGCUACUCUACUGACAACAAUUGAAGAAAUGCACUUGCUAAGCAAAAAAAUAUUCUUCAGUAGCUUGAGUCUCCAUGCGAAUAAACUGAUGGACAAGAUCGAGCUCCCACCACCUGACCUCGGACCCAGUUCUGCCCUGAGUCAGACCCUCACUUUGCUGCGGGACGUUCUGGCCUCACAUGAUUCUUCAGUGGUCCCCUUGGAUGCUCGGCAAGCUGACUUUGUGCAGGUUUUGUCAUGUGUCCUGGAUCCUCUCCUCCAGAUGUGCACAGUGUCAGCCAGCAAUUUAGGCACCGCUGACAUGGCCACGUUCAUGGUCAAUUCACUGUACAUGAUGAAGACGACACUGGCUCUGUUUGAAUUCACAGACAGGCGCCUGGAAAUGCUUCAGUUUCAGAUCGAAGCCCAUCUGGACACUCUUAUCAAUGAGCAAGCCUCUUACGUUUUAACUAGAGUGGGCUUGAGUUACAUCUACAACACGAUACAGCAGCAUAGGCCUGAUCAGGGCUCCUUAGCCAGUAUGCCCAACCUAGAUUCUGUGGCGCUGAAGGCUGCAAUGGCUCAGUUCGACCGCUACCUCUCAGCCCCAGAUCACCUGCUGAUGCCACAGCUGAACUCCCUCCUCAGUGCCACCGUGAAGGAGCAGAUUAUAAAGCAGUCUACGGAGCUCGUCUGCAGAGCCUACGGGGAGGUGCAUGCAGCCGUGAUGAAUCCAGUCAACGCGUACAAAGACCCGGAGAGCAUCCUUCACAGGUCACCCGAGCAGGUGAAGACGCUGCUCUCUUGAUGUUGAUGGCGUUUGCAGAGUAUUGCUGCCUGGCAACAGCACCAAGGGUGGUUUGGGCUUUUAAUCUAUGAGUCUUUACCUUGAAGAUUGAGAGUUAAUAGUUUUCCUUGUAUGGGGUUGUAGGUCAAUUUCUCCCAUUCUCAGCUAACUUGGAGGUAAAUCAAUAUUGACUUGAA